AUGGCUCCCAGAAGAUGGUUCAAUCUUCGCGUCCUGCUGGGGUUCGAGAACCCGCGCUCCCAUAGUAACUGGUGGCACGAGUCGCACCAGCGUCUCCUCCCCAGCUAUGUGGACGAGGCCCUACAGUCCGCCAUCCCCGCUCCCGAAGUCACCAAGGUUGCCCUGCGCCUGCGCCAUCUCGUCGAGGAGGCCGUGCCCGUCGAGCUAGACGAGGAGCAGAUCACCCGCCCCCACUCCAAGGUCAUCAGCAAGAAGGUCGUCCAGGCUGCCAGAGAGGCCGGUGGCUCGCAGAACGGUGCAUGUGUCGUCUACGGCCUGCUCGUGUGCAAGCGCUGGUUCAAGCAGCAGUCGCUGGCCGAGCUCUGGGACUGCGAACUUCACGCGCUGAGGGCCGUGGCCUGCGAGGUGAUCUCUAAGCAACUCAUCGAGACCGAGGAGGACCAGGAGUACCUGAUGCACUCGGUGCUGCUCAAGCGGUACUCGAUCGUUAUCGACAACGAGUCCACGCCGCCGAGCAAUGUCAUCGAGAAGGCCGUCGACCUGCACGCCCUGCGCGUCAUCGGGUCCUCGGGCUACCAGAAGUGCGUGAGCUACCUCUGGAAGGGCUGGCUUUGCCAGGACGAGAACGAUCCGGCCAGCUUUGUCGACUUCAAGGACAAGGACGAUACCAGGUUCCACAUCCACCUCGACCCGGAUCGCAUGCGCGCCCCAAUGUACCAGAACGCCGCCCAGCUGCUCAUCUCGCUCAUCUACCUGGGUCUGUACACCGGUGCUAUCAACUCCAUCAACAGGGACGCGGACGUCGAUUUCGUCGAGAUCCUGCUCUAUGUUUUCACCUUGGGCUUUGUGUUUGAUGAGUUCACCAAAUUCUGGAAAGCCGGCUACCACAUCUGGGGCUUCUGGACCGCCUUCAACGCCGUACUAUACGCCCUGCUUACGACCAGUCUCGGCUUCCGCUUCGCCGCCCUCAGCCACGACCUGUCACCUCCGGGUGCUGAACCUGGCCCCCGCGAAAAGUUGAACGUGAUAUCCUACAACUUCCUCGCCUGCUGUGCGCCGAUGUUCUGGAUGCGCCUUUUGCUGUACCUCGACAGCUUCCGCUUCUUCGGCGCGAUGCUGGUCGUCCUCAAGGUCAUGAUGAAGGAAUCUAUCAUCUUCUUUGCACUCCUGGCCGUCAUCGUCGUCGGCUUCAUGCAGGCCUUCAUUGGAUUGGACAAGGCAGAUGAUAACAUCACGGACUUGAAGUUCAUCUCGCAGGCCAUGGCCAAUGCUCUGAUGCAGUCGCCCGACUUUGACGGUUUCGACAGGUUUGGAGCACCCUUUGGUUUGAUACUAUAUUACCUAUUCACCUUCGUCGUCAUGGUUGUCCUCCUGAACAUCCUGAUUGCGCUGUACAACUCCGCGUACGAGGACAUCUACACCAACGCAAACGACGAGUACCUCGCCCUGUUCGCCCAGAAGACGAUGCAGUUCGUGCGCGCGCCGGACGAGAACGUCUUCAUCGCCCCGUUCAACCUCAUCGAGGUGUUCUUCCUGGCGCUCCCGCUCGAGUGGUGGAUGCCCAAGAAACAAUACGAGCGGCUCAACGACAUAGUGAUGGGCGUCAUCUACUCGCCGCUGCUGGUCGUGGCCGCGUACUUCGAGACCAAGAGCGCGCGCGAGAUCCGCGCCAACCGCGCCCGCGGCGAGGACGACGACGACACCAUCGAGGAGUGGGAGCAGAUGGCCGGCGAGGUCGACUUCGAGAGCGACGGCUGGAACAAGACGGUCAACCAGGCCAGGACGAACCUCGAGGUCGACGCCACCGUCGUCGAGGUGCAGAAGCUGCGGUCCGAGGUCGAGAAGCUGCAGGACCUCGUCCUCCAGCUGACAAAGUCCAUGGCCAAGGGAGCUGGCGGGUCUGGCGGUGGGAAUGGCGAGAAGUCGACGUCUCAUCUUAGUAGGACCAGCACUGCCGUGGCAGACAGUCAGCUUAUAGAUACCGGCGACAACGACGACGGGCACCUCGAGACAGACCCCAUGGAGUAA